UGUUUCUCACACGGAAGAAAACAAAGAGAGACAGAUAACAUGCGGAUCAUCUUCACUUUACUCAAUUGUCAUCUAAACUGUUAGCAACUGCAACUGCAUUUUACUGUAGUCAUUGCUAUUACUUUGUGUUAAAUAUCCUGAUUUCAUUCAUGGACCGUAAGGAUGUUCUGAAGGAUGACGAGGCAGCAGAGACGAUGUCGGAGGCUGACAGCAUCGACUCUUUCACAACGAGUCCGCCCAAGAAGGAGAAAGUACUAACAGGACGAGGAGUGACCCUGAGUAUGCUCAUGGGUGAUGGGGUAGUCGAGGCUGGGAAAGAUUGCCUCUCCAUUGAAUACCUGGGGAGUAAGUUCACCGCCGACCUGAUGACAGAUGGGAGAAUAUUUUGGAGCAAAGAGAAACAAAUCUUCAACUCACCAAGUGCCUGGGCCAUUCACAUCAAAUCCAUUCUCAAUCCUGGCAAGAGAUCUGGAUGUGGAUGGGCUUCGGUCAAAUACAAUGGCAAAAAGCUUGAUGUUGUCAAGUCACAAUGGUUUAGAAACAUGAAGAUUCCUUAUCUGGAUGAUGAUAAUAGUUCCCACGACAACUCCAGCUUGCUUGAGAAUGGUAACCACUCUCCUGGCAGGCCGGGAGAAAGUGACGCCGAUGACGAGGUUUCAGAAGACAACCGGCCCUGUCCACCGAUGUCAAAGGUUACAAAGAAUCUCAAGAGGAAGUUGGGGGAUGAGAAUGAUAAUCAUAGAAUAGAUCUUCAGAAAAUGAAAAAUGGCGAUAGCCCUCCCAAAACCAAAGUCAUUCAGUAUUCAUCAUUGAAAAAGAAAAGUGCAAAUAAGGAUCCACAUACAUUGGUUAAGUGUCUGUCUUUCAAAGAAAUGGGGAAGCUUCAGCCUUUCACCGUUUCCAUCACCACAAACUGUCUUCUUAUAGUGGACUUUCACUGUCAUCUCACCACCAGCGAAGUGAUAGGUUAUUUAGCUGGCAAGUGGGAUCCAGAAACUCAACAUAUGAGUAUCCUCCAGGCCUUCCCUUGUCGAUGUCGACUCGGUGAGAAGCAGAGCGGGGCCAGCGUAGAGACGGAGAUCCGUCAGUCCAUGACGAGCAGAGGACUCCAGCUGGUCGGCUGGUAUCACAGUCAUCCAUGUAGCCCCGCCCACCCGUCACUAAGGGAUAUAGAAUGCCAGAUGAACUACCAACUCAAACUGAAAGGAGACGGGAUGUCGUAUCAACCUUGCCUAGCUUUGAUCUGUGCUCCUUAUAGUAGACACAAGGCCACCAAAGACUCACAGAUGAAAGCACUAUGGGUUAUGCCGCCUGAAGAAGAGAAAGCUAGCCUGUACGGUAUGCCGAUGGACAUGGGCUUCUCGUGGCAACAAGAUAUAUUCCUCACUCAAGAAGUUUUAGCUGAGAUGAAAUACCUUGUGGAAUACUAUAAGGACAGUUCUGAUAUGGUGCUUUUGAACGAAACUUGGUUUGAGAAAGAGUCCUUUCUCGACAAAAUGAAGGGUUCCCUGUCCAAGAAAUUCCCCAAGGACAGAUCAGACAAGAGGUUGCUGGAUUUCAUAGACGACAUUCUCACAUAGCAAACGUGUAAGGGAUUCAAUCCAAUCUUUCUUAUAUGAUUCCAAGUAUAAGUACAGUCAAACCUGUCUACAGCGACCGCCCAAGGGAAACACAAAAUGUGGCCUUUGUAGACAGGUGGUUUGUG